AAUAGCCAGAGAUAGCUCAAGCCAUGAGUGCCAGCAAUGAGACGAGCAAUUUGUGUCAAAAGUUUCGUAAAAGUCUGUCCAUUACUAGCAGUGUCUCGAAAUACUUAUGGAAACCCAAUUACAAUGACUAUACGGAAGAGGAAAUACACGCAGAGCUCAUACACGCAGAAAAUUUGUUAAUCACAGCUCUGUUGACAUUUUUCAGUGACCAGAAUAUCAUGUCUUUAGUAAAGGGAGCCUUUCGUAUCCGAUCGUGUCAUUCGUCCUAUAAAGUAUGUUUAGAGAUAUCGGAGACGAGAACUAAUUGGAAGAGUGAGGCAUCGAAAGCCCACUUUAUAUCGGGUGUACUGUUAGGUAAUGGGGCUCUGAAUCUGGUUUUCUCUCAUUUGCCGAAACGAGUGCUGAAAUUGUUGGAAAUGAUUGGCUUUUCCGGCGACAGAUCGGUCGGCUUAGACUUACUG